AUGAUCGACGCCUAUUACUGGCCGACGCCCAAUGGAUGGAAGAUCUCCAUCGCCCUGGAGGAGAUGGGUCUCGACUACCGGAUCGUCCCCGUCAACAUCUAUCGCGGCGAACAGUACGAACCCGACUUCCUCGCCAUCAGCCCGAACAACCGGAUGCCUGCGAUCGUCGAUCACGAUCCGCCGGACGGCGGCGGGCCGCUCGCGGUGUUCGAAUCCGGCGCCAUCCUGAUCUACCUGGCCGAAAAGACCGGCCGCUUCCUGCCGACGGACCUGCGCGGGCGCAAGACCGUGCUCGAAUGGCUCUCCGAAAUGCUCCGCCUGUACGGCGUGCUCGACCGAAGGCUCGAGGGCCGCGACCAUAUUGCCGACGAGUACUACUCCAUCGCCGACAUGGCCUGCUGGCCCUGGGUCAUCACCUACAAGGGGCAGAAGGUCGACCUCGACGCGUUCCCCAACGUGAAGCGCUGGUACAAGGCGCUGCAGCAGCGGCCGGCGCUGCGGCGCGGCUAUGACGCCGGCAAGGAGCUCGGCAAGCUGAAGAUGGAGUGGGACGAGGAAACCAAGCGGAACCUCUGCCCGGCUACCGGCCGGAGGGGGCGGCGGGAAGCGCCGCCUGAAUCCCGUUAUCCGAGCCGCCGCGAUUGCCGGUCAUAUCCCGGAGUGUCCGCCACGGAGGUCGCGAUGUCGCUAGCCCCGUCCACUGUCGAGCGCUACUCCAUUCUCACUUGCCCGACCUGCGGGCAUGAGGCGCGAGAGGAAAUGCCAGACGACUCGUGCCUGUUCUUCCAUGAGUGCGCGGGUGCGGCGUACGGCUGA